AACUAAACAACAUGGUGGUAGCUCGGAAUGUGCAAUUGGCACGCCGUGCUGCCACCAGAUCGGUAUUGAAACUCAAGCAGACCUACUACCACCGCCUAUGGUACGCACUAACAGCACGUAAAUGGGAUGAAUUCGAAAGAUUACAACGUGAAAUGAAAAUACGCAAUAUAAACCAUGAUGAAGUUACCUACACACUAAAGGCGCAUCAAUGCAUUCUCAACCCGCACGUGUCUAGCAUGUCGAGUUAUAUGGUAAUCGAGGAAAUGAAGCGUGCCCUGGUACACCCAGCAGUAAUACGCAUGAAUGAACAACUUAUCAACUCAUACUUCGAGCUCGAGGAACUAAAAUGCCAACCACCAGCGCCAUUGUGGCAAAAUUUCGCAAAAGCAACAUGGCAAACGUCAUUGAGAUUAAAUCGUCAACGCAUACAGAAACUGAAGCAAAGGCUACAGCAAAUGGACCCUGAAGAUGUAUUGAAAUUGGGACAAGAGGACAUGGCCGAAUUGGCACAUGAUGAAUUCCUACAAGAUGCAUUUUCCGCCACCCUUGCCAUGGACGAAAUACACGACGAACCCAUCGCAAUAUCGCAAGAAAUUAGCCACGAAGAGGACUCCCAUAGAUCACAACAGUUGGAACAACUUGAACGUGAUGCCGAUGCCCAAAUGCUCACUGAAGAAGAGGCUUUCACAGAACUCGACAUGGAAUACGACAGUGAACUUGAAUUGGAAACUGAUCUGGAGUACCUAUAUCUAAGGAAAACAAGAGAAAAUGAACUAAAUGAUUAAUACA